AUGAAUUCUCUUGAUUUGGAAAAACUACCCGACUAUUAUAAAGUACUUGAAAUUUCUCAGACUUCAUCGUCACAAGAAAUUAAAAAAGCUUACAGGAAGUUAGCUUUGAAAUAUCAUCCGGACAAAAACAUAAGUUCUGUGACUACAGAUCAGAGCGAAAUAAAUACUCGUUUUAUUUUGAUCAAUGAGGCCUAUAAUGUUCUUGGAAACGAUGAAUCUAGGGGGGUCUACGAUGAAUUACGUCGUACAGGCAAAACAUUUUCACAACUUAAAUAUUCCAGCGAAGAAUAUAGAUAUCAUCGAGAAGUGCAAGGCAUACACAAGUUAUAUCGUGAAAUUAUGGCGAACAAAGAACAAAUUUUAGAACUAUCAGAGACUUUUAUAAAAUCUGCGACGUCUCUUGAUUGGAUUCCCGAUGGAAGUGAAGUUCAACCCUUUAGUGCAUUUAAGAAAUAUGAGAAAGAGAUUUCGUUGAUUGAAUCAAGCAUUCUUAUAGGAUCCAGUCGAUCCUUUAAUGAUGAAAAUUCAAAAUAUGACGAAAUUACUUUUGAAUAUGUUCCUGAAGAUGACGUUAUACAAGUAUUGGAGAACCCUUGUUGGGUAUCUAUUGACAAGGAUACUUUAAUUCACGACUUUCAACUUUCGGAUUUUGUAGAAUCUCAUAAGUUCAUUAUAAAAUCCGUGACAGAUAUAGUUUCUCCUCUAAUGAUGGCUUGCACAUAUGGAACAUGGUUAAAUGAUAAUAUAAUGAAAGUUCUGCAAAGGGUUAGAUCCUUACAAAUGCAAAUUAUAAAAUAUUUAGAAGUUAUUAAUCAAAAAAUAGAAAUAGAUGGGCGUGGCUUCGAACCUAAAAUCGUCGAUAAGAUGAAAGCUGGAAUUCAGACUCAAAUGAAGAGUCUAUCUAAUCAUCCUAUUUUAGGUAAAAUGACUACCGGUAGAUUUGGUCAGAAUAAGCAUCCCUUCGUCCAUUUAGCCGCAACCAUUGGUCCACCAUUUGUUGGAUAUUCACUUUAUUGGUCCAUUUUUGCGAUAAUUCUCUUGGGGGCAGUGACCAUCCACCGUAACGAAGGAGAUUUGGAAAGUUUUAAUCAAUUUUUGGAGAUAUUUGAAGGAAUCAUUAAAUUACUCGACCAAAUCACGGAAUGA